CUGCCUUCUCAAAAUGCAGGUAUCAUCCUGACAAGAAUGCAAAUGAUCCUAAAGCAGCGGACAUGUUCAAGGAGGUCACCUUUUCAUAUAACAUUUUAUCUGAUCCGGAUAAAAGGCGUCAAUAUGACUCAGCUGGUUUUGAGGCUGUUGAGUCAGAAAGCCAAGAAUUGGAGCUUGAUCUUUCAAGUUUGGGAACUGUAAACACUAUGUUUGCUGCACUUUUUAGUAAACUUGGUGUACCAAUAAAAACCACAGUCUCCGCAACUGUUCUAGAGGAAGCCUUAAAUGGUUCAGUACCUAUACAACCACUUCCACUUGGGCAGCCUUUGUGUAAAAAGGUAGAAAAACAAUCUGCUCACUUCUACUCUGUUAACAUAACAGAAAAGGAAGCGAAGGGGGGCCUUGUCUGCCGAGUUUAUUCACGAGAAAAAAGCAAAUUCAAGCUAUUGUACUUUGACCAAGAAGAAAAUGGUGGACUGAGCCUUGCAUUACAGGAAGAUAGUUCAAAAACAGGUAAAGUCACAUCUGCCGGCAUGUAUUUUCUUGGAUUCCCAGUUUAUCACAUUGAUCAAACCCAAAACUCGGUAACAGCUGCAAAGGAUCCAGACUCAGCUUUUUUCAAGAAACUGGAUGGAUUUCAACCAUGUGAGAUAACCGAGCUAAAAGCUGGCACACAUGUCUUUGCAGUUUAUGGUGACAAUUUUUUUAAAAGUGUGAGCUACGCCAUUGAAGCUGUUUGCGCUGAACCUUUUACUGAGGAAAAAGAGAAUCUUAGAGCAAUAGAAGCUCAACUUUUGUCAAAAAGGGUUGAACUGUCUAAGUUUGAAACAGAAUAUAGGGAGGUCUUAGCGCAAUUUACUGAGAUGACUAGUAGAUAUGCACAAGAAAUGCAAGCUAUCGAUGAGCUUCUUAAGAACCGCAAUGAAAUUCAUGCUUCCUAUACAACUCUUCCCGCAAUGAAGCGUAGUAGUAGCAAUCGAAGUAAGAACAGAGGUGGUUCCAAGGAGGCCAGUGAAGAUGGUCCAGUAAGAGACAAGAAGGCUUCAAGAGACCGGUCAAAGAAGAAGAAAUGGUUCAACAUUCCCUUAAAGGUUGACAAAAGGAAGCCUUGUUAAAAUAGGGUGAGCAUCUCUCUCUCUCUCUCUCUCUCUCU